AUGGUAAGUAUUUUACGCCAAAGUAAUGUCCUAAUUUGUAUUUUUUAGGGUAGAGUAAAGGCAGACAAGAAAUUCAAGCAAAAGUUGUCGAAACAGAAGGCCGUUCUCAAGCAAACAGAUGAAAGAAUGUAAGUUUGAUUCUGAUUUGAUAUAUUUUAUGUUUAGAAAAGCCGAGAGUCGUGUAAUCAAGAAGAAGAAGGAGAACGAACAUGAUUUCAAAUUGACACAAGCGUAGGUUCGAUAAUUUGUUACCUAAAUUGAGAUUAAGGCCACGAAUUUCAUCCGCAAUGUUCUUGAAGUAUAACAGUCAGUUGGGUCCCCCAUUUCACGUAUUGGUCGAUACAAAUUUUGUCAAUUUUUCCAUUCAAAACAAGUUGGACAUGAUGCAGGGAUUCAUGGAUUGUUUGUUCGCUAAAAGUAAGUUUUUGCAAGAUCAACAAUAGUUUACCUUAAAAAGUUCUUGUCGUUGUUUGAAAUGAUUGAAAGGGAUAUAACGAAUUUGUUUUAGCCAUACCAUACAUUACUGACUGUGUUAUGGGAGAAUUGGAAAAGAUGGGAAGGAAAUUCAGGUUGGCUUUGAAGAUUAUUAAAGACAGCCGGUUUCAACGAUUACAAUGCACUCACAAAGGCACAUACGCAGAUGACUGUCUUGUUCAAAGAGUUACUCAAGUAAGGCUUAAGGGAAUAUUUUUUAAUCAAAACUUUUUCAAGUAGUAGCUUUAUGUAGUAUAUAUAUUUUUUUUUAAUUUUGCAUUUAAAAGCAAUCUUAAUCAAAUAUUUUCUUAUUUUAGCACAAGUGUUACAUUGUUGCAACGUGUGAUAAAGACUUGAGAAUGAGAAUCAGAAAGCUGCCUGGAGUACCCAUUAUGUACAUCAAGAAUCAUCGCUACACAAUUGAGAGAAUGCCUGACGCUUAUGGAGCUCCUAAGCUUGGUUAG